CUCCACCACCACCACCACCACCACCACCGUUUAUGCCUAAAACUAUCUGAAUAGUCCCCAAGUUUUCUUAUAUUCCUUGUAUCUUAUAUAUUCGAUUGUUUUUUUUUUUCAGGUUCAGGGAACUAUUCAGCAGCUUCAAGAUAUCAUUAAUCGAUGUCUACUAAUCCAUGAUAAGCUAGAAGGUUCAUUAAGAGAACUUUCUAGAACAGGUGAUGUACAAGCUUGUAAAGCAGUCCGCAAAUCAGCUGACAGUUUAUUGAAGGAUCUUUCAAAAGAAUUGAAACCCCUUUUGGCUCUCUUACAAUCUUCUCCACAAGCUGCACUUAUCUUACCCAAGGUGGGGGAGCUGGUUAUGAAGGAGAGAGAUUUACAAGAAAAGAUUCUGCUAAAACACACAACAGUGGUGGACUCUUAUGAGAAAAAAUCUAUGAGCCGAGAUGCUGAAAACCGUGUGGCUGCAAUCCAGCAAAAGAUUUCAGCUUUGAAGCAGGAAGUUGAUGAUCUUCUUGACUUUGUUGAACAUAUUUAACUGAAAUUCCAAUACUCCCCACAUACACACAUAUUCAAUUCAUUGCAUAUACAAUUAUACAUAUACAACAGUUUGAAACCAAACAUUUCAUUUAACUAAACAUGUUGUCCGAGAAUGAAGAAUCAAUAGUUGCAUCAAGUGAUUUAAACGGGAGUGAAAGACAAAAAGGCGGCGAUGCAGAAUCCGAAGAUCACUCCGUUUUCGAUAUGAAAAGUAUGUUGUGGCAUGGCGGAUCCGCUUGGGAUGCUUGGUUUAGUUGCUCAUCAAAUCAAGUGGCACAAGUGUUGUUAACACUUCCUUACUCUUUUUCGCAAUUAGGAAUGGCGUCUGGGAUUGUUCUGCAGAUUUUUUAUGGGCUUUUGGGCAGCUGGACCGCGUAUUUGAUCAGUGUUCUUUAUGUUGAGUAUAGAGCUAGAAAAGAGAAGGAGAAUGUUAAUUUUAAAAACCAUGUUAUACAGUGGUUUGAAGUUCUUGACGGAUUGCUGGGACCUUACUGGAAAGCGAUUGGACUCGCUUUUAAUUGCACAUUUCUUCUGUUCGGCUCUGUUAUUCAGCUUAUAGCUUGUGCAAGUAACAUAUACUACAUAAAUGAUAAUCUGGACAAGAGGACAUGGACAUACAUAUUUGGAGCGUGUUGCGCGACAACUGUUUUCAUUCCGUCCUUCCAUAACUACAGAAUCUGGUCGUUUCUCGGCCUCGGCAUGACCACUUACACUGCUUGGUACAUGGCCAUUGCGGCUUUAAUUCACGGCCAGGUUGAUGGAGUAGAGCACACCGGUCCGAAUAAGCUGGUGUUGUAUUUCACCGGAGCGACUAAUAUCUUGUACACCUUUGGUGGACAUGCUGUCACAGUGGAAAUUAUGCACGCUAUGUGGAAGCCGCGGAAGUUCAAAUAUAUUUACCUUCUUGCCACUCUAUAUGUUUUCACGUUAACCCUUCCGUCGUCUGCCGCGGUGUAUUGGGCGUUUGGCGAUGAGCUUCUCAACCACUCUAACGCCUUCUCCCUCCUCCCGAAGACCCGAUGGCGUGAUGCCGCAGUCAUUCUCAUGCUCAUUCACCAGUUUAUUACAUUUGGAUUCGCUUGCACACCAUUGUACUUUGUGUGGGAGAAGGUGAUAGGGAUGCAUGACACAAAGAGCAUCUUUUUACGGGCAGUAGCAAGGCUGCCCGUGGUCAUCCCCAUAUGGUUCUUGGCUAUUAUCUUCCCCUUCUUUGGACCCAUUAACUCUGCAGUUGGGGCACUCUUGGUCAGCUUCACAGUCUACAUCAUCCCUGCCAUUGCCCAUAUGCUCACUUAUAGGACACCCUCUGCCCGCCAGAAUGCUGCUGAGAAACCGCCUCGUUUUAUGUCAAGUUGGGCAGCGAUGUAUGUGCUCAACGCAUUUGUAGUUGUAUGGGUACUAGUGGUCGGGUUUGGAUUUGGUGGAUGGGCGAGUAUGACGAACUUUGUACGACAAGUUGAUACGUUUGGACUUUUCGCCAAGUGUUAUCAGUGCAAGCCUGCGGGACCACCACCGACGAAACAACAUUGAAUUGACCCGACCUACCCGACCCGAAGUUAACUGAGUUGACUCAGGGUUUCACUUUUUUUUACUCCUUAUAAUUAAUUGUAUUAUAGAUAGGGAGCAUAAAUUAUUUUCCCCUACAUGUGAUGUGACUUGGCUUGUCUUUUAAAUGUUUUCUUUUUUAUAAUGUAGAUUGAAAGUGUGAUGAUUGAGUAUUCCAAACGUUGGCUGAUUAAAAGUUAAUUA